AUGUCUUCGACUAGUGGCCCAUCCUCAGGCCCUCUGAGUACAACUGCGUACAAACUGUUUGCUGGAAGCGCAAACCCUGAGCUAGCUGAAAAAGUCUCCGAGGCCCUCGGAAUCCCCUUGGGGAAGGCGACUGUCGGUCGUUUCAACGAUGGCGAGUGUAACAUCCAGCUCGGAGAGAACGUUAGAAACACCCACGUCUUCCUGGUUCAGUCUACCUGCCCCCCGGUCAAUGACGCCAUGAUGGAGCUUUUCCUCAUGGUCCGAUGCUUCAGAAGGGCAUCCGCCCGUACUGUCACAGCGAUUGUUCCUUAUUACGGAUACGCAAGACAGGAUCGCAAGACGACUGCCCGCGUUCCCAUCUCAGCGUCUGACGUUGCGAUGCUCUUGGAGGCUGCUGGUGUCGACCGCAUGUUGUCUGUCGAUCUGCAUUGCGGACAGAUUCAAGGCUUCUUUCAUCAUGCCCCUGUGGAUAACCUGCACGCCUUCGUCGAGCACGUGCCCUUCAUGGUCAAGGAGAUCAUUCCGAGUUACGGGGAGAACCCGAUAGCGAUCGUCUCCCCUGACGCGGGAGGCGCUCACGUCGAUGAACGUUCCCAACAUCUCGCUGGCGAUCACCAUCAAGCAUCGCGUCAAGGCGGGAGAGGUCGCGUUGUCCCUCCCAGCCCGAGCAGCGCUGACGAUCUUGAGCAGGUGGAGGGCAUGAACAUCGUGGGAGAGAUCAAAGGGAAGCACUGUAUCAUCGUGGACGACAUGAUAGACACAGCAGGCACUCUCUGUAAAUCUGCAGACUCGCUGCGUGAGAUGGGAGCUCUCUCGGUCUCUGCCUGCUGCACGCAUGCUCUCUUCAGCGGUCCAGCGCUCGAUCGCAUCGGGAAGUCUUCGCUGAAGCACGUCAUCGUAGCAGACACGAUCCCCAUCAGCAAAGAUGUGGAGGAGGGCUCCCCAGCUGCCUUUGCCUUGAAGGAGAAGAUCAAGGUCGUCUCCUGCGCCAGACUCUUGGCUCAAGCCAUCCUCUCAAUCAACUGUGGAACCUCCGUGAGCGGCUCAUGGUUGUUCCUCAGCUCUCUCUUCGCUGUGUCGAAGACUCUGGGGUAG